AUGAACAACAAUGUCGAAUUAGCUUUAGAUCCUCAAAGCACGCCUCGAGAAGGGGAACAGGCAGAGAGCGGCGAAAGCAAUGCAGAGCCGAACGGUGACUCGUUGAAUCCCGUUGACGGGGGUCGUGCGGCCUGGAAACUGCUUCUCGCAGCAUACGUCUUUGAGGCGCUGCUUUGGGGCUUCCCGCUGUCCUUUGGGGUUUUCCAAAAUUAUUACUCGCAGUUACCUGAAUUCAUUAACCAGCGGUACAUCUCGGUCAUCGGAACCAUCGCUUCUAGCAUGUCCUACAUGGGCGCUCCAUUAAUCAUUCCAGUACUGAGACGUUUCGCGAAGUAUCGCGGGCAGAUGAUAUGGUUCGGGUGGACUUUAUGUAUCGUGGGAAUACUGAGCGGGUCUUUCGCCCGCAGCGUCGGCAGUCUCGUCUUCACUCAAGGUGUCAUGUAUGGCAUCGGCUUCAUCAUCUUCUAUUACCCCAUCAUCAGCAUGGUCAACGAGUACUGGAUCACACGAAGGGGCAUGGCGUACGGCAUUCUAUGCAGCGCGUCCGGGUUCUCGGGCAUUGUCAUGCCGUUGUCCCUCGAGGCGCUUCUCAACAAGUAUGGGUAUCCGACCACAUUGAGAAUCGUCGCACUGGGCCUGGUCGUGUCGACGGGGCCGUUGAUCCCCUUACUAAAAGGACGGCUCCCUGCGUCAGCGCAAAGCUUCACGCCGAGGACUAAUUGGGCGUUUCUCAAGACACCACUCUUCUGGAUCUACACGGCCUCAAAUCUCAUGCAGGGACUGGGCUACUUUUUUCCUUCGCUUUAUAUCCCUUCGUAUGCCUCGACCAUCGGUCUGAGCUCGAGACAGGGCUCCUUACUUUUGGCAAUCAUGUGCGUCUCACAGGUCCUGGGUCAAUUCAGCUUCGGAUACCUCUCAGAUCGGAGACUCUCAGUCACGGUCCUAUGUUUUGCAUCGACCCUCGUCCCCGCAGCUGCGGUAUUCGCUCUCUGGGGCCUGGCCCGGACCUUCGCAAUGCUGUCCGCGUUCGGACUGAUCUACGGCUUCUUUGGAGCCGGCUACACGGCCUUGUGGGCCCGGAUGGGAAUGGGCGUCACCGCCGACGCGACUUCGGCCUUUGCGGUGUUUGGCCUGUUCAACUUCGGCAAGGGAAUCGGAAAUGUCCUGGCCGGCCCUAUCAGCGCGAACAUGCUGUUCAAACAUAUCAAUGUUGGACGCUAUGGCGUGGGCAAGUAUGAAGCACUCGUCCUUUUUACGGGCUCUUGCAUGCUCGCGAGUGCGGUGAGCAUCGCCGUCGGUUAUCUGAGCCUCCGGAAACUGUGGGUGCUCCGCAAUUGA